AUGGACGCAGAUGGCGCCGGUACGCCGGGCUCCCAGGACCCUCGCAAUGCCCAGGUCGACAAUGCGAUCCGCGCCAUACAGCAGAAGAAGCCCCUGCCCGAGAUCGACUUCUCCAUCCACCAGAUGGAAGACGGCAGCCAAGUGAGCACCAUGGAGAGGGUCUGCAAAGAUGUCCAAGCUCCGGCUAUGCUCAAGCCCACCGACGAGCAGUUCUUCGAGGACAGCACCCAAGCCAAGCCCGACAUUACCUUCCUGAAGUCACACUUCUACAGGGAGGGCCGUUUGACCGAGGAGCAGGCGCUAUGGAUCAUCAGGAAGGGCACAGAGCUGCUGUGUGCCGAACCCAACCUCCUGGAGAUGGACGCCCCCAUAACCGUCUGUGGUGACGUGCACGGCCAAUACUACGAUCUCAUGAAGCUUUUCGAGGUCGGGGGCGACCCGGCCGAGACGAGAUACCUUUUCCUGGGCGACUAUGUCGACCGUGGCUACUUCAGUAUCGAAUGUGUCCUAUACCUGUGGUCGUUGAAGAUCCACUACCCCAAGACGCUAUGGCUGCUCCGAGGAAACCACGAAUGCCGCCACUUGACAGACUACUUCACCUUCAAGCUCGAGUGCAAGCACAAGUACUCCGAGGCCGUGUACGAGGCUUGCAUGGAGUCCUUCUGUUCACUGCCUCUGGCUGCAGUUAUGAACAAGCAGUUCCUGUGUAUCCACGGCGGUCUGAGCCCUGAGCUGCACACUCUCGACGAUAUCCGAAAUAUUGAUCGAUUCAGGGAACCACCGACCCAAGGCCUCAUGUGCGACAUCCUCUGGGCCGACCCGCUCGAGGACUUUGGCCAGGAAAAGACCAAUGAUUACUUCCUGCACAACCACGUCAGAGGCUGUUCGUACUUCUUCUCGUACCCGGCAGCAUGCGCCUUCCUCGAAAAGAACAACCUGCUGUCGGUCAUUCGCGCGCACGAGGCACAGGAUGCAGGGUAUCGGAUGUACCGUAAGACUAGGACAACGGGCUUCCCAAGUGUUAUGACCAUUUUCUCCGCGCCGAACUACCUCGACGUUUACAACAACAAGGCGGCCGUGUUGAAGUACGAGAACAACGUCAUGAACAUCCGGCAGUUCAACUGCACGCCACACCCCUACUGGCUGCCUAACUUCAUGGAUGUCUUCACAUGGUCCCUGCCAUUCGUCGGCGAGAAGAUCACGGACAUGCUGAUUGCCAUCCUCAGCACGUGCAGCGAGGACGAGCUCAGGGAUGACUCCUCGUCAUCUCCCGGCCCGGUGUCGCCGCCCAUCACGCCCUCGGCCAAUCUGGACCCUGACUCCGUGGAGGCGAAGAGGAGGGCAAUCAAGAACAAGAUCCUCGCGAUUGGCCGUCUGUCCCGGGUGUUCCAGGUUCUUCGAGAAGAGUCCGAGAGCGUUACGGAGCUCAAGACUGUUUCUGGAGGGAGACUGCCUGCGGGGACCCUUAUGUUGGGAGCCGAGGGCAUCAAGAACGCUAUCAGCACAUUUGAAGAUGCCCGAAAGGUUGACCUUCAGAACGAAAGGCUGCCUCCCAGUCACGAGGAAGUCCAACGGGCCAACGAGGAGGAGCGUCAGCAGGCGCUGGAGAGGGCAACACGGGAGGCGGACAAUGACAAAAAGCUUCAGUCGCUCUCCAGGAGACUCUCGACUGAUCGCGAUACCCGUAAGAAAUAA